CACCUGAAUCUUAUUACUCUACUGACAUAUGGCUGUGAGCUUAUGUUUCUUUCAUAUAUACUUGGAGUUGUUGUAUAUAUAUAUAUGUUUCCAUUAGCCAUACCAAAGCUUUAAUUUCUUGGCUAUUUUCAUAUGUACUUUACAUAAUACAAGUAGAUAUUUAGUUUCAUUUAAUGGGUUCUUGUCUCAGCGUCAGGAUCAAAGCUGAAACCCCAUUUCAUGCAGGCGCAACAUCAAAACAUGCAUCAGUGCCACCAGCAACGCGCAGCCAGGAAGAAAUCUUGGAAUCACCAAAUUUGAAGAGUUUUUCAUUUAAUGAUAUUAAAUUAGCCACGAGGAAUUUCCGGCCUGACAGUGUUUUGGGAGAAGGUGGUUUCGGUUGUGUAUUUGAGGGGUGGAUUGAUGAAGAUACUUUGGCAGCUGCUAAGCCCGGUACGGGCCUGGUUAUUGCAGCAAAGAGACUUCGACAGGAAAGCUUCCAAGGUCACAAGGAGUGGUUAGCAGAAAUUAAUUACUUGGGCCACCUGGAUCAUCCGAAUCUGGUAAAAUUGAUUGGAUACUGCUUGGAGGGUGAACACAGACUUCUGGUAUAUGAGUUCAUGCCUAAAGGCAGCUUGGAAAAUCAUCUAUUUAGAAGAAGUACAUACUUUCAGCCUCUAUCUUGGAACCUGCGUAUGAGAGUUGCUCUUGGUGCAGCCAAAGGGCUUGCAUAUCUUCAUGGUCCAGAAGCAAAAGUGAUAUAUCGUGAUUUCAAAUGCUCCAAUAUCCUUAUUGACUCUGUAUGCGGAACAAUUUGUGCUUUGUUUUCUUUUGAUGAUUGUUUGGUAAGCUAUAAAACGAUGACUAUUAAUUGGCAGAAAUACAAUGCAAAACUAUCUGAUUUUGGGUUGGCGAAAGAUGGGCCAGUAGAUGGUAAAAGUCAUGUCUCUACCAGGAUCAUGGGUACAUAUGGUUAUGCAGCUCCUGAGUAUAUGGUAACGGGUCAUCUAACUGCGAAAAGUGACAUAUACAGCUUUGGAGUAGUUCUUCUGGAAAUAUUGACAGGGCGAAAAGUAGUUGACAAGAACCGAUCAACAGGAGAACAAAACCUUGUUCCAUGGGCUAAACCUUACCUUUCCAGCAAACACAAAGUCACGCACAUCAUGGAUGGCCGUAUUGGAGGCCAAUAUACUGUAGGAGCUGCAUUCAAGGCUGCCACCCUUGCAAACCAGUGCCUGUCAACAGAUCCAAAGUUGAGACCUGAGAUGAAUCAAGUGGUCAAAGUAUUACAACAGCUUCAGGAUUUGAGAAAGGCGGAAAAAGUUUCUAAUCAGCUCUCACUUCAUAAACAUCAUAGUAGAUGAGCUACUUUAGCUUCACUCAUCCUUCCAAAUAAAUUAAAAAUGAAACGUUGUCUCCAUCUAUUAUAU